AUGGUUAGGAAGAAGAAUGCCCAACUUCAAACUGGACUGAGACGUAUGCUUCUGAAUGUCAUCCGCAAACUUCAAGGCACAAAAGGCGCCACACUUCGGGAUCUCAAGUCUUACUUCUUUGAUUCAGCGAUGAGACUUAAAUUAUUCCUGAAGAGUGCCUUAGAUUGUGGCAUUUUAUCAAAGCUAUAUGGACAUUACAAAGUCAUGGAAAGUGGAAGACGUCGCAGAAGUUCUCGCAGAAGAAGACGAGGGAGAGGCCCCAAAUUGGAAGGGGCUCCAAAAGGCCAUAGGCGUAGGAGAAGGAAUGCAUGUCCUAAAAGAGGAAAGUCUCGUCGAAGAAAAUCUUGUGGGCGCAGGAAAUUACGAAGGAGGGUGCUACUUUGGUAG